GUGUUGACAAUGAUAUAAAAUUAAUGUCUAAUUUUAUUUAAAGUCUAAUUACUCGUUCAAAAAUCGUACAUCUGGUUACCAUUGUUAUCGAGAUCUUAUCUCAACUCAUAGCAACCAAACUUCAUCAAUUUCCUGUAUUUUUUGUUUUUGGUUUUGGAUUAUGAAUUUUGAUACUACAUUCGUAUUAAAUAUGUUAACUGCAGUUUUAUUGAUUGUGGUUGCAGUAGUUUUAUACGUAAAUUAUGGCUUCAAACGUAAGGCUAAUAUUAAAGGUAAACACGUAUUAAUCUCUGGUGGAUCUAAAGGAAUCGGUCUGGAGGUAGCUGCUCAGUGCUUUCAACAAGGAGCCAAAGUUACGAUUUUAGCUCGAGACGAGAACGGAUUGAAAGAAGCUAAAAAGUAUAUCUGUUCAAAAUCAGAGGAAAAACGGGAUUCCGAAGUUAUUUAUUUUCCUGUAAAUGUUAGCAAAGACUACGAACUUUUGGAAACUAUAAUUCAAAAAGCUGAGGAUGAAUUAGGACCAAUUUACGGACUUUUCAAUAUUGUUGGCAAAGCUGUUUGUUAUCGAUUCCUAGAAACACCUUUGAAUGAUUUUGACGACAUGAUUAAGGUGAAUUACCAGUCAACUGUUAAUUGUACUCGAGCAGUUCUUAAAAAAAUGGUCACUCGAAAUGAAGGUUUCAUAGAGAUAACUUCAUCAAUGGCUGGUCUUUUUGGUAUUUAUGGCUUCUCAGCAUACUCAGCAUCAAAAUUUGCUUUGCUUGGAUUUGCUCAAACCCUUGCUAUGGAGAUGAAACCUCACAAUAUCUCAAUUACAAUAACAUAUCCUCCUGAUACUGAUACUCCUGGAUUUGCGCUUGAGAAUACAACCAAGCCUGAAGAGACAAAGUUGAUUUGUGAGUCUGGAGGAUUGUUACCGCCAUCUAAAGUUGCUCGAUCCAUCAUCAAUGAUACACUCAAAGGAAAAUUCUCAUCAACUGUUACCUUUGAAGGAUUCAUUUUGCGAACAUUAACCUCUGGUUUAUCUCCUCCAAAUGGUAUUUUUGCUGUGCUUCUUGAAGCUAAUUUAAUGGGACCAUUGCGACUUGUUGGUUUAUUGAUUUUAACACAUUUCAAUAAAAUUGUCCGGGAUUGCUUCAAGAAACGAGUCCAUACUAAAUCCGAAUAAGUUCCGCAGAAAAAUAGCUCUUUGUUAAUUAUUUGAGAUAUGUUUACGAUUUUUUCACCCAAGAAAGAUUAUCAACUUGUUCCGAUUUGAUACUCAAUAAAAUUUAAUAUUCUCACAAAUUAA